AUGGGCAGCCUGGGUACGCAGACAUGGCUUCACAAGCUGUCUGAGCAGUUAAACAUCGACGUCGACUGGAUGGACCCGGCAUUCACCCUCAGCCUCCCCAUUGUGCCGCACGACAUGACCAGCAACCAGGGCUGGGUACACGAGCAGAUGUGCCACCCCGACAACGAAGAGCUCUUCAAGAGCGUGGUCAAGGAAUACAAAGACCAGGGCUGGUUGGCUAUCUACACACGCAUGGCUGUCUUGAUGUCCAAGGCAAACAUCGACAAUAUCCAGGGCCGAGUCCUUCUCCAGACUCUUCCAUCAAACGCCUAUAACACCGAAAAAACCCUGGAACAUGCUCGUGCGUACGCCCGCGAGUUUGAAAAUGUGGGCGUCUCCAAGGACCGGUUCUGCAUCAAGAUCCCCAGUACGGGUCCUGCGCUGAGCGCGUGUCCCACUUUGCUGGAUGAGGGUAUUCGGACGCUUGGGACUGCGCUGUUCAGCGUGCAUCAGGCGAUUGCUGCGAGCCAGGCAGGCUGUCUGUAUAUCAGUCCCUACUACAACGAGGUCCGCGCCCACGAUGAGCUUGACUUGUGGCCCAAGUCCGAUGACCCAGCCCUGCACCAUACCAUGUCCCCGCGUUUGGUCCAGAUCCUCGAAACCUACAAGCGGCUAUACAAGGAGACCGGUAAAGAACAGCCCUUGCUCAAGAAUGCGAGUUUCAUUUCCCCGGAAGAGGCGAUGGCGGCCGGUGAGCUGGGGUGCCACUCGGCAACGAUCUCGCACCAGGUGCUCACUGAGCUCUCCAAGCUCCCCUACGACAGCGCCAAACAGCCCGGAGAGGGCGUGCUCAAGCCCAGCCAUCCGUACCGGGACGCGGAACCCACGCCGACUCGUCUUCAGAAACUCGCGCACAUCGACCCGCUGGCAGGGCCUGACUGGGAUGGAAAACUGGCCAGCACAGGUAUUGACUAUCUGGCAAAUGGAGGAGCUGAGCUGGAUAAGGCCAAUGAGGAGGAUCCCACCACAAAGAAGCGGCUUCGUGAGGCACUCGCGUUGUUCGUGGCGGCAGAGAAGAGAAGCCAGGCCAAGAUUGAGGAAGCCAUGAAGAAUGUGUGA